CGGGCGCUGCUGGCCAGAAGGUUCGGUUGCGCGUGUGCCAUGGACUCAGCCGCCCGGUGAUAUUGACAAUAGGAGAGAGAAAGGGGCAUUGACGGGGACCCACCGCGGGUACCAAAGGGCGGCUCUGGCAGCGGCGGCUCCAGCUCCGGCGGCUCCUCCUCCUUCUCCUUCCUUCUCCUGCUGCCGCUGCGGAUCCAGUCUUCCUCCCUCCCUUCCCCCCCUCCCCACGUCGUCGCCGCCGCCGCCGCCGGGUCCGGGGCAACGAGCAGAGGCGCCGCCCGCCGGGUAUGUGAGCGAGGAGCCACCGGCGGAGCCGCAACGGGGUCGGUGCCGAUUUGAUGGGACGGGCCCGCGGGGGAGGAUCGUGAGGCUGCCGCCGCCGUCGCCGCCGCCGGAGCGCUGAGGUUCAGGUCCGGCCGUGAGGCCUAGAGGCGCCGCCGCCGCGGAACCGGAGGGACGCCGCGCCGGACAGUCGUCGCCCCGGGCUCCCUGCCGCUGUCCGGACCUCCCCCCGUACGUCCCGGUCCCGCCACCCGCCCCCGCUGCGGCCCUCACGCCGGUCUCCCGCCCCUCGAAACCACAGAUCAUCUUCGGAUUCUUCCCCAGAAGCUUCAAGUAGGGAUAUGUCCUCAGCACCAACUACUCCUCCAUCAGUGGAUAAAGUAGACGGAUUUUCUCGGAAGUCCGUCAGAAAAGCCAGACAGAAGAGGUCGCAAAGUUCCUCACAGUUUAGGUCUCAAGGCAAGCCUAUUGAGUUAACACCUCUGCCGCUGCUAAAAGACGUUCCAUCCUCAGAGCAGCCUGAACUGUUCCUAAAGAAACUUCAGCAGUGCUGUGUCAUUUUUGACUUCAUGGACACGCUAUCUGAUCUUAAAAUGAAAGAAUACAAGCGCUCCACUCUUAAUGAACUGGUGGACUACAUUACAAUAAGCAGAGGCUGUUUGACAGAGCAGACUUACCCUGAAGUAGUUAGAAUGGUAUCUUGCAAUAUAUUCAGAACUCUCCCUCCUAGUGACAGCAAUGAAUUUGAUCCAGAAGAAGAUGAACCUACCCUUGAGGCAUCCUGGCCACACUUACAGCUUGUAUAUGAAUUUUUCAUACGAUUUUUGGAAAGCCAAGAAUUCCAACCCAGCAUUGCCAAAAAAUACAUAGAUCAGAAAUUUGUAUUACAGCUUUUGGAGCUAUUUGACAGCGAAGACCCUCGGGAACGGGACUACUUAAAAACAGUCUUACACAGAAUUUAUGGCAAAUUUCUUGGUCUUAGAGCAUUUAUCAGAAAACAGAUUAACAAUAUUUUUCUAAGGUUUGUUUAUGAAACAGAACACUUCAAUGGUGUAGCUGAACUGCUGGAAAUACUAGGAAGUAUUAUCAAUGGCUUUGCUUUACCUCUUAAGGCAGAACACAAACAGUUUCUGGUGAAAGUGUUGAUCCCUUUACACACUGUCAGGAGCUUAUCACUCUUCCAUGCCCAGCUGGCGUAUUGCAUAGUACAGUUUCUGGAGAAAGAUCCUUCACUCACAGAACCAGUUAUUAGGGGGUUAAUGAAAUUUUGGCCUAAAACAUGUAGUCAGAAAGAGGUCAUGUUCCUUGGGGAGCUGGAAGAAAUAUUGGAUGUGAUUGAACCCUCACAAUUUGUUAAAAUUCAAGAACCUUUGUUUAAACAAAUUGCCAAGUGUGUAUCUAGCCCCCAUUUUCAGGUGGCAGAAAGGGCACUGUAUUAUUGGAAUAAUGAAUACAUCAUGAGUUUGAUAGAAGAAAACUCUAAUGUCAUCCUUCCCAUCAUGUUUUCCAGUCUUUAUAGGAUUUCAAAAGAACAUUGGAAUCCGGCUAUCGUGGCGCUAGUGUACAACGUGUUGAAGGCGUUUAUGGAAAUGAACAGCACCAUGUUUGAUGAGCUGACAGCCACAUACAAGUCAGAUCGUCAGCGUGAGAAAAAGAAAGAAAAAGAGCGUGAAGAACUGUGGAAAAAACUGGAGGAUCUGGAAUUAAAGAGGGGGCUUAGACGUGACGGCAUAAUUCCAACUUAACAGAAAUAAUUACAGCAGCGUCACUAACCUGUGGGGUCACACAUUUAUGUAGUAGAAGAUGGAGCAGCAGUUUUCUGUAUUGUGCAACUUUGCAGUAGAUUUCACAUCUGUUUCAUUAUUACAACAGCACUGUAUAUACCUGUCUCUAAGUAAAGGAAAAAAAAAUGACUUCAAUCCAAAGUUUGGACAGUAGAUGGACUUCUCAGAACUUUGCAAACAUAAUCAUUGUUCUAACCCUCUUUAAAAAGCAAAAAGCAGUCUUCAAAGAUCUGUUGAUGAAAUUGCCGUGUUAAAAUUCUAUUAUCAGGAGUUCCUUAUUUAUCCUUAGCAGAGAGUAUGAAACAAUUUUCAAAUGUGAACAAUCUUAAAUUUAGCUUGUCUUUCUGCUAAGCUGUUAAAUGUAUUUAUAGUAACGGAAGAAAAAAAAAAGACUGUCAUUUCCUUAUAAGUUUGUAUAACAUCCUCCUCUGGAUAACUUGACUGUAACUUAACAUCUUUUCCUUUUGCACAUCUUCAUGAGUUGAAUGUCCAUGUGGAAUGGGGCCAGGAAUUGUAAGGCCCCUGAUAAAAGUUUUGCUGACUGGAGUGAACAUCUUUCCAGUAACCAGGUAGCCCUGGUACUCCUUUAGUUUUAAAAUUAGGAGUAAAAGAGAAGCGGUGAUAAACAUAGUAGGGAAGGGAAUUUUGGAUUCCUGCAUCAGUUUAUGGCGAAUCCAAACCAAUGUCUUGAAUCCUUUGAAAACAGGCACUGGGACAUCAGAGGCUUCAGUAGCUGACCAGUAUUAGUUGCAUACAUCAUUGAACACACAUACCAGAGAUGUUCGAGAAAUGUCAGAAAACAUCCUUUUGGGCCAUUUUGUAAUAAGAAAGACAAACACUAAACAGUACAACCAUGAAAUUGAUCGCCAGGAUUACGAAUUGGGAAGAGAGUUGAGCAAACAGCUUGGACUGUUUGGAGUUGUUGCCUUACUUUUUAAUAUGUAUUUAUAAAGUAUUCCAGCAAAAGAGGAUGUAGCCUCUGGGAAAAAACAAACAUAUUACAGUGUUUUUUGUAGAUUCUCGUUCUAUAUCUCAUCACAGCGCCAGCCCUGUUUUUAGCCGGAAAGGAUUCAGGAUAAACAUUACUAUGCAUUCUGAAUUGGAUGCAUAUUCCUAACUACUGUAUUUGUUACCAAAAGUGGUUCUACAAAUGCUACUGAAAAGAAUCUGGAAAUCCCUAAUGUCCUGAGUAUUAAUAAUAAAGUUUAAAAAUGCUUUUAUAUCAAAGGUGCAUUGUGACCAAAUUGUUUAAGAAAAAAAUGAAAAACAAACAAAAUUUAGGGCUGUAUUAUAGAUAUAUCUUAUUGGCUCUCUGCUUUGUAUUUAAAAGAGGAAUCUUACAUUUUAGGGAGAUAAAAUGCCGAUGAAAUUUGUGUCUAGUAUGUACUUACUUGAUGCGGUUGCAUUGUUAUGUACUGCAAGAUACGUGUUUUGGAACUUAAUUUUCAGGAUGCUGUUGCUUGUUAUGGAUGUGGCAGCAGUGAGUUGAUAAUCCUAAACCAUCCCCUCCAGCAGUAUUCGUGGCAUAGAGCUAAUUCUGUGUUCAUGUACUGAAUUGUGAUAGUAGCAAACAUGAACAUAUGAACUGUCAUUGCUCUUAAUAGAAAUAUAAUAUCAAUAUGGACUGGUAUAUUCUCUUCCUUCCACUUAAAUAUAAAGUAGAAUAUGCAGUUUUAUUGUUUCCAAGAAAAAGGAAAAAAAAAAGCCGCUGACCUUUCUCCCCUACUAAGUGUUUCAGGAUUAUCAGGUCACAGUUGGAUAUUGUCAUCUCAGUAACUUUGUAAAACAAAAACAAAACUUGGCUAUGUUAAUUCUGAAAAAGAAACAGCAGUAAAAGAGUCAUAUGCAACACCCAACACAACAUGGUUUAAUGGAAUGAAGAGAUUUUUUUUUUUUUAAAGAACAUUAAUGGGGAUUCAAUGUAAAGCCAGCGGAGGCUGCCAAAAUGAAACAACUUACUUUAAAAGUGCUGGAGCAAAGGUGCAAGUUCAAACACUAAAGACAAAAAAUAAAUUUGUAACAAAUCAUCUCCUUUAGCCCUUUUGCUUUGAGCCUGUUAGCUUUGACUCUGCACUACAUUUGUUUUUGACAGUAUAAACUUAUGUUUGCCAUCAAUUCAUCUUUUUAGAUAGAAGACAUUAAAAUCGCAGGUUUAUGAACGAUCUCUGCCCAUUAAAAUGAAAUGCAGUCAUUUGAAAUGAGAAAGACGAGGACCCUGUUUUGCACCUUUCCCUGCGCUCCGAGUUACGGUGAGGACUGCACUGUUACCCUUUGAUAUUAAUUCUGUAUGUUGAUCAUUCCAAACUGAGAAGAACAAAGCCAAACUUCAGACAUAUUUACAGAAGCAAUUGCAAAUAUAUGUCUAAGAUGUAUAGGGCAACUUCUGAGAAGAAACACUGUCUUUUCUUUUUUAACCGAAAGUGACAAUGUGACAUCUGUCAUGUUGUGUCCGGUGACGCAGAGUACCUGAGGUAAUCUGACUGUUGCACUAUGUGACAUAGUUAAGGCUGUACUUGCUGCAUUUACAGCAGCUCGCUCUCUCUCUCUCUCUCUCUCUCUCUCUCUCUCUCUCUCUCUCCCCCCCUCCCUCUCCCUCUCCUCUCCCCCACUUCUGCUGUUGCCGCAACUUGAGUUCAUUGUGACAAAUGCAUCUUCGUGUUAUAUUUUGUUCGCUUCCUAAUUUCCAGAACUAUAUAUAAAUAUAUUUUUUAAAUAGCAAAUAUUGUAGUUAGUGAGUGAUGAUCACUCCAACCUCAUCCCUACCAUAUUGGUUUCAGGGGUAGGACAAAGAGUGUCUUUGGAAGAACCAAACCAAACCCAACCAAACCCUGUGGUUUAGAAUGAUGCUGGGGCCUGGGGUGUGGGCCCAGAACAACCAUGUGAGUGAAUUGACCCAUCUCAUACUUUGAAUCAAGCAUGCAUUCCUUUUCUCAUUGUGCAAGUGUCCCCAGUUGUUUCCCAUCAGUGUCUAGUUUUUGUUCUUUUAAAUUUUAUUAUAUUUUGCUCUCCCUGACAUCUGUUUUUUAUAAAAUAAAAUAAAAAAUAAAAAAAGUAAGAAAUAAAUAAUACCCUCGAUGCCGCUGGAUACUCACAAGCAGGGUUAUUGCUCCUUCAUCUUGGGCUUGCUUGCCUAAAUGGAAGGGUUUAAUUUAUUUUGUACCUCCUUCUAUGCGUGGGGCAGUCCAGGGUGCAGAGCCAGGAAUUGCUUGUAAUUGCACCUGCUAUACUUAAAUGUAUAGCCCUAGGCUCAAUCACACUAUGGAAAGAAAAAAAAAAGUAUAUUUAGAGCUUUAAAAGCUUUUUUAUUUUUUUGUGGGGAUCGGGGUGGGGUGGGAAAGGGAAGAUGUAUGGAUGUUACUGGCAUUUUUAAGUGUUAAGAGUUUUUUGUGUUGUUGUUUUUUUUUCUCUCGUUUUGUUCUUCCCCUUUAAUUAGGUGCACUGAGCUGGCCCAGGAAAUGAGAUUCUCUUCUUUUGAUGCUAUAACCAAUCUUAUCACAAAGUUUUGUCGCCUAUAGCAAAAGGUGGCACCAGACAUGAUCAGUGGUGUUUUAUUUGCACAUCGAUAUUUUUAUUUUUAUAUUCUGGCUCAGCUGCUUCUCUGAGUGAAGUUAAGGAAUGACCCACAAAGGAUUUUUGUAGUAGGCAUAUUGGCAAUGCGUUUUAUAUUUCUCGGUAUUUAAUUUUGAAAAUCUAAAAGGAUUGUGCAUCUUGAGAGAAAGUUGAGCAAAUUUUGAUCUAGUGGAAUGUUAAUUUGUGCUGCUUCUUGUGCACGAUAGCAGCAGUAGUAGCUCUUGGAAAUAAACAUCCCAUUUGAUGAUGUCUAUGAAUAUAGGUUUCCUUUUCUUCCCUGCCUCCUUCCCACCCUCUUUUUUUCCCUUCCCUUCUUCUCCACUCCCUCCCACCCUACCCUUUCCUUCCUUCCCUUCCCUGACUUUGCUUUUUUUUUUUUGAAAUCACUUACUGUAAAUAAGUUGUAAUCCAGACCUCAUGUAUCAAUGGGGAACUUUCAAAUAUAAAUAUUACCAAUACA